ACGAUAAUUUGCCAUUACCUAUCUGGCAACCUUGCUACUUUGCGACAAUCGUCAAUGGUGUAGGCAUCGGAAUACGGCAGCGAGAAGAAGAUGGCGGAGGGAGUAAACGAUGCUGAGCUACUCAAGGAGAAGGCUAAUAAAUACUUUAAAGAUAAAGACUAUGAUAAUGCAAUCAAGUACUACUCAGAGGCCUUGGAACUCAAUUCAUCCAAUGCCAUCUACUACAGUAACCGCAGUCUGGCAUACCUGCGCACUGAGUGCUACGGCUAUGCCUUGGCGGAUGCGACCAAGGCCUUGGAUAUAGAUAAAAAUUACAUCAAAGGAUAUUACCGCAGGGCCACUUCCAAUAUGGCGCUGGGCAAGUUCAAGGCUGCAUUAAAGGACUAUGAGACGGUAGUGCGUGUUCGACCGAACGACAAGGAUGCAAAAAUGAAAUAUCAGGAAUGCAACAAGAUUGUCAAACAGAAGGCCUUCGAGAGAGCCAUCGCCAGCGACGAGAUCAAAAAGUCUGUCGUCGACUCUCUGGACAUUGAAAGCAUGACAAUCGAGGACGACUAUGCCGGGCCCAAACUGGAGGAUGGAAAGGUUACGAUGAAGUUCAUGAAGGAAAUGAUGGAAUGGUUCAAAGAACAGAAGAAACUGCACAGAAAGUGUGCUUAUCAGAUUUUGGUGCAAGUUAAAGAUCUUUUAUCCAAACUACCCAGUCUUGUUGACAUUGCGAUAAAAGAGCCAGAAAAAAUAACCAUCUGUGGCGACACACACGGGCAAUACUAUGAUCUCCUCAACAUCUUCGAGUUGAACGGCCUCCCGACUGAGAGCAAUCCCUACCUGUUCAAUGGUGACUUUGUAGACCGUGGCUCUUUCUCUCUGGAGGUCAUUCUCACCCUCUUUGGAUUCAAGCUGCUCUACCCCGACAACUUUCACCUGCUCCGAGGUAACCACGAAACGGACAACAUGAACCAGAUGUACGGCUUUGAGGGCGAGGUCAAGGCCAAAUACACUGCACAGAUGUUCCAGUUAUUCAGUGAGGUUUUCCAGUGGCUGCCACUUGCUCAGUGUAUCAACAACAAAAUACUGGUGAUGCACGGGGGACUGUUCAGUGAAGAUGGAGUCACGUUGGAAGACCUCAGAAAGAUCGAAAGGAACCGACAACCUCCAGACUCAGGUCCCAUGUGUGACCUUCUCUGGUCAGACCCCCAACCUCAGAACGGCCGGUCGAUCAGCAAGCGAGGAGUGAGCUGUCAGUUUGGGCCGGAUGUGACAGAGCGCUUCUUGGAUCAGAACAAACUGGACUACAUCAUCCGGAGUCACGAGGUCAAGGCUGAGGGUUACGAGGUCACUCACUCAGGAAAGUGCAUCACGGUUUUCUCAGCACCCAACUACUGUGACCAGAUGGGAAACAAAGGAGCUUUUAUCCACCUCAGGGGAUCUGAUCUCAAGCCAGAGUUCCACCAGUUCACUGCUGUGCCUCAUCCGAAUGUCAAGCCCAUGGCAUACGCCAACACGCUGAUGCAGUUGGGGAUGAUGUAGAAGCGGCGCUGGUUCGUCAGGACAACCUCCCGUAUGACCUGAAGCAACACACUUCAAUCUUUGUGUCCUCGAUUCCAGCUUUGGCCUAAGGGAUCCCGCUCCCAAUUCACGGUGCGGUGUAGUUCAAAUGGGAGGAGAUCGCUUAGACCCGCCCAGUCCACAAGGUUAUCAGUUCAAACUGGAAAAUCCCCAUUUCCACAGUCUGCUCGCCUUGUACACAAAUCCAAUAUCCCAGAUGUGUCUCCGUGGAGCUGCUUGGUUUUUGAAGGUUUGAUGUACUCAGCAGAUGGAAUCAAAUAUCUGGUCCGUACCAAAGAUCUGUAGUAGAAUGAUUGUCAAGUUUUCACGAGGAGUAACUCCAAGAGAUACUGUUAGCAUGUGCGCACAUCUGAAACGUUUAAGGGUGGCAUUUCCAUCAUUGUGUCUCCAACCAGUAUGUCAUUUUCUUCAUGUUUUAUUACUUGACAGAAAUAUGAAAAGUAAAUAUACAAAAGAUCCCAGCUCACAAAGAGAGACUGACUUUGGGUCCACACAGAGGUGCUGUUUGCAAUUUGUGAGGUUUUAGCUAGAACAGACGUGGUAACGUUUAAUUUGCACUGUUUCCCACGGAGGAAAAUACCGCUGCUCUCUGUCUUACCAGCCCGACAGCUUGCACACUUUUCAAUGUCCCAACCAGUUCUGGUGUUGGCCCUACACAGACACUGCUCCAGUCUCCUCAACAUGUUCGAUGACCUGUGACUGACUUGUGGAGUUCUCCAGUACACAAAACGUCCAAAAUGUAUCCUGUCUUAGUUGAAACGCACAGCUGCAUUGUUUAAUGACCCUCUACUUUUUAGGUAAAUAAAUACAAUAAAUAGUAAAAUGUG